AUGGCGGAAGCAGUCAAGACGGGCAAGACGGACCGCCCGAAAACCCCGGUGUUGGAACUGCCUCAGGGAGACCGCACGUCAGGAAGGACGGCGUCUCCUGCCCGGCUAUCUCCGGAGCUCGCGUUGAAGGCUCAGACACAAAUGGGCCGGAUUACGCUGCUCAAGGAGCUCAUCGACUCCCUGCCAACUGUCCCAGCGGGGACCUCGCUUGAGGAGGUCUCCCAGUUUCAACAGCUGGUCGAGGAGACGCACAAGGCCUUUAUCAAGGAACACGCCUACCUUGAGGUCUCAUGGCCGGCGGCGUUCAUUCACGAGGAGUAUUUCUCAGGGAACGCUCAUCUAGAAGAGUCGCGGUGCUAUCUGCAGGCGCGACGGAUCAUAGGCGUGCUCCGCCACGCAUUGUCAGCUCAGGCCGCUCAACCACAGACCAGCUCAUCGGCCGGCGAGACCAGACAGACGCGCUCACGCUUGCCGGACAUCUCACUCCCGAAGUUUAACGGGGAGUAUUCCGCGUGGCCUGCUUUCAGAGACCUGUUCGACAGCCUGAUAAUGCAGAACGAGCAACUCACGAACGUCGAGAAACUUCACUACCUCCGUUCGUCGGUAGAAGGCGCGCCAGCUCAACUGGUCGCAGGGUUCACAAUGGCAGGAGACUCACUUAUGCCGUCCUGGGAGCUGCUCAAGGACCGUUACGAAAACAAACGUCUGCUCAUCCAUGCCUGCCUGGAUAAACUAUUCGCCAGCUCAACCCCGGUGCCACGGAAGGCGGCGGCAUUGGAUCGACAUGUCUCGGGAUUCAGGGAGGCGCUCAAGGGACUGGAGGCCCUCGACGUUAAGGAUCAGCUCGGGGAUUGCGCGGUGGUAUAUCAUGCCACGCGACUCCUAGAUCGCGUGACGCGCGAGCAGUGGGAGAACACGGUCGGAGCUACGCGAGACUACCCCACGUUCGAGAAGCUUGACGAGUUUCUGACGACACGGAUCAGGGCUCUCGAACGGAUCGAGAGUACGACAGCUCAGCCUGGUCCCAGUACAGCCUCCUCACCAUCCAGGAAGUCGGCAGCUCAGCAGGUGGCUCAUCAGGCGACUCACCAGGGCGACACGUCGUACCCGUGCGACUGCUGCAACGCUCACCACUUUAUCGUGAUGUGCACGAAGUUCCGGGAGCUAUCUGCGCAGGACCGGCAUAGGGUGGCGAUACAGAAGCGCUUAUGCUUCAACUGCUUGGGACGCCACAGCGUGCGAGCAUGCAAGUCCAAGCGAGGGUGUAAGAAGUGCUCGCAGCGGCAUCAUACGAUGCUCCACGAUGCAUCUGCAACAACGCCGACCGCUCAAAAGCCUAGCAGCUCGUCGGGAUCCGAGCUCACCUUCGUCUCGGAGAAUCUCAUUCGGCAGCUCAACAUCCCUCGUCAAUACUCAGGUAUUGUCAUCACUGGAAUUGCAGGCAAGGAGUGUACUCGGACACGAGGAGUCGUGUCACUCACGUUACGCUCGACACAUUCCAACGCAGCUGCCACAAUUCAAGCUCAUGUCCUCCGGACAGUUACAUCAAUCUUACCAUCGUUCGAGGCGGAACCGGAAGAAUGGCCUCAUCUCAGGAACUUGGCAUUAGCCGAUCCUGAUUUUCUCAUUCCACGGCCAGUUGACAUCCUCAUCGGCGCAGACGCUUACGGGCAAAUCAUCAAGCCCAAUGUCAUCAGGCAUUCUCCACUCAUGCCGAUAGCACAACUCUCCAUUUUCGGAUGGCUCGUUCUGGGACCAGUCAAGAGAGAAGCAACACGCACAUCAACGCACCAUGCUUCUACUCAAGUCAACGAGGAUGCUCUCAACGAGUUACUGACAAAAUUCUGGGUUCAAGAGGAGGUGCCUACUCACGAUGUCAACCAACUCACUCCUGACGAGCAGAGGUGCGAAGAGCACUUCAAGGCCACACACUCUCGUGAUUCUUCAGGGAGGUACGUCGUCAGGAUUCCGCUCAAAUCGCCAGUAUAUCUUCUGGGUGAUUCGUACCACGUCGCCCAUCAGUGCCUCAAGGGAUUACGCAGACGAUUCUCAAGGGAUGUGAACUAUCAACGUCUCUAUCAACAAUUCAUGAUGGAGUACGAGACACUCAACCACAUGACGAAGGCAUCAUCCAUCUCCAGUCGUCGCUCACACUUCUACCUACCACAUCACGGUGUUCUCAAGCCUGACAGUACAACAACGAAGCUGCGAGUCGUAUUUAAUGGCUCCAGCGCAUCAACAUCGGGCUACUCUGCUAACGACCUCAUGUAUACUGGAGCGAAAUUGCAUCUGAAUAUCUCAGAUGUUCUCCUCUGGAUACGAAGACAUCGUCACAUUUUCGCUACGGACAUCACCAAGAUGUAUAGGCAGAUCAAAAUUCACAAGGAUGACUGGGAGUUGCAACGGAUACUCUGGAUGGACGAUCAACUCAAUGAGGUGCCAUACCAUCUGACAACCGUCACCUACGGAACAAAGGCCGCUCUUGGCCGUCAGGACGCUGUUACAACUCGCAGAGGACGAAGGGCAUAA